AUGACAGGACGCGGUCGUGGUGGCCGGACAACGCCCGACAUCCCAGGCGACCCCUCGCUCAGCUCUCGACCUGUACCUCUUCGUAGAGCCUUUGCUAUUCAAGCCUUCGGCUCCGUAUCAGCAGUCGAUCUCCAAACGGAACGAUAUACGUCGGAUAAAGCGGCUGCAGAGCGGAAUGCGAGCGACCGGAGUAGGGCUUUGUUCACAGCUGACGAUGAGGACAUGAUAAAUCUAUUGGAGGAGAUAGAUAGCUGGGCGACUGUCGACUGGGAUGAAGACGUCCGCGCACCGAGGCCUUACGACGGGACGUGGGGAUUUUAUGUGUUUCUGACGAGCUAUGACGAUGCAACGCUGGAAAAACUGGAGCAGGCAAUGGUGAAUUGGGUGCAGGUAGUCGAGCGUCAUCUCGAAGCUCGUGAAGGGCCGGAAGACAGAAAAGAGGAGCUGCGCAAACGAUUCAAGCUGGAACUGAUCAAAGACGAGGAAGAACUGGCGGGUGCCAGCGACCAUCGCGUGCGCGAGAACUUUCGCGCAUUGAUGGGUGGCCUCGACUUGCUAUUACCCGGUCGCUCGUCGCGGCCUCAAUGCCGAUACAGUGUAUGUCUUGUGAUCGACGCGGCUGCAGUCGAUAUGUUGGCUGGGUUGCAAUUUCAAACGGAUCCACGCAAGGAAGACCGAACUCUGGAGGACCUGACCGUCAAGGCUAUCGAUGCGAACUGGACCAGUCAGGAUGCGAGAUCAUCAUAUUGGGAAGGCGGAGACAUGUAUCUCGGAGUUGGUCAACUUUCGAUAAACUGCCUGCAAGAAAUGUACCUGGUUAUUACCCGUGACGCUUGUAGCGCUGCAAUGUACGACCUUCAUCCGCUUAAAGGGUACCCUGGCUGGUAG